UUUUUUGACCAUCGCCAUCCAAGGGUUUGCUGUCACACCCGCCUCCUGUUGGUUUGAGCCUCGUGAAGAGCCCAAGCUACUAGCUAGCAGAUGAUCCAAGGAAGAAACAAUUGAUUGAUUGAUUGGUUCACUAGUAGUUAGCCUGAGCAAGAUGAAUUGCACGACGGUGGAUUGUGCCGAGGAAGACGGCUACGUCCUCGAGGAAUGCAAUGGCAAUGGCGAAUUUGGAGGUAGCUCAGUGGAGCAAUAUGAGAAUUGGAACUCUCGGAAACUUGCCGAUUAUGUUGAGCAAUUUGGAUUGAAGAACUACGGCUCGAUGAUUGUUACUCACAAGAUUACUGGCAAGGUGGCUCCACUGUUGACGGACUCGGAUUUGAAGGAAAUGGGCAUGACGGUCGUUGGUGAUCGCCUUCGAUUCAAGCAACUGAUUUUGCAACUGGGAAGAAAGGCACGAUAUGUCUCCCGAGACAAACCGAUAUGGCGAGGCGAAGAGCAAAGAUACUACUCGAUAGUGGAGAAGGAACUAUCAACUUGCUUUGGUAUCUUUCCGGAUGAUCCAACCACCUACAAGCUCUUGGAUAGUUCCAUCAAAAUCAAACGUGUCGAGCCUACGAAAGUCGGCCCAGUAAGACUGUUCUGUUGCUAUGAAUACAGCAUGAAGAAUAUCGACCUUGCCAGGGUGAAGGACGUGGAGGUGUUGAAUGUAGCUGCCCCAUGCCCCCAGAGGGUUAUGUGCUGUGCGCAAGGUUUUGAUUUGGUUGAGCUUCAUCCAACGGAAAGCUCCUAUGGGAAACUAGUGCUGAAGCUUGGGUGUGGAGAUGGAGAGAAAGUAUGCAGGAUGAUUCUGACUCAGGUGGAAAAGAACCAGAUUAUUGAGCGUGAAUAGACGAAGGAGUGGUGGUGGAGAGACUUGUUUUUAAUCCUUAUUUAGAUGUAUACACAUAUCGUU